CGCCUGCUCUUUGUCCUCUCGCGUUCGAGCCUGGGAUUCUGCAGUUCCAUUCUGUACGGCGCAGGCCCGGAGUAGCGCAGCCGCUCUGAGUGGGUACCAGGCCAGCGUCAGCUAAUGGAGGAGCACGCGGUGCACCAGCCAGAGCACAUGACCACCAUGGAUGCCCACGCCGUGGCACAGCAGGUGCACGUGGCCACGUACCCCGAGCACGGCGUGCUGAGCGCCGACGAGGACUCGCCCUCCUCGCCCGACGAUGACGGCUACGACGACUCCGACAUCCUCAACUCCGCGGGCACCGACGAGGUCACUGCCCACCUGGCCGCCGCAGGGCCUGUUGGCAUGGCAGCUGCGGCCGCCGUGGCGACGGGGAAGAAACGGAAGCGGUCGCACAUCUUUGAGUCCAACCCGUCCAUCCGCAAGAGGCAGCAGACGCGCCUGCUGAGGAAGCUGAGGGCCACGCUGGAUGAGUACACCACUAGAGUGGGUCAGCAGGCCAUUGUGCUGUGCAUCUCUCCCUCCAAACCCAACGCCGUGUUCAAGGUUUUCGGGGCCGCCCCCCUGGAGAACGUGGUGAGGAAGUACAAGGACAUGAUCCUGGAGGACUUGGAGAGCGCGCUGGCCGAGCAUGCGCCCCCGCCGCCCGAGCUGAGCUCCGAGCUGCCGCCCCUCAGCAUCGAGGGGAUCCCAGUCUCCGUGGACAAGAUGACGCAGGCCCAGCUGCGGGCCUUCAUCCCGGAGAUGCUGAAGUACUCCACCGGGCGGGGCAAACCGGGCUGGGGCAAGGAGAGCUGCAAGCCUGUCUGGUGGCCUGAUGACAUACCCUGGGCCAACGUGCGCAGCGACGUCCGGACAGAGGAGCAGAAACAGAGGGUUUCAUGGACGCAGGCCCUGCGGACCAUAGUGAAGAACUGCUACAAGCAGCACGGCCGGGAGGACCUGCUCUAUGCCUUCGAGGACCAGCAGGUCCCCCAGCAGCACGUGGCCACCACCGCCACCCACAGCAUCGCCCACCUCGUCCCCUCCCAGACCGUGGUGCAGACCAUCAACAACCCAGACGGCACUGUGUCCCUAAUACAAGUGGGAACCGGAGCGACGGUGGCGACCCUGGCGGACGCCUCCGAGCUGCCCGCCACCGUCACAGUGGCCCAGGUCAACUACUCCACGGUGACCGACGGAGAGGUGGAGCAUAACUGGGCCACCCUUCAGGGGGGAGAGAUGACCAUCCAGACCACUCAGGCCUCGGAGGCGACGCAGGCCGUGGCCUCGUUAGCGGAGGCGGCGGUCGCCACGUCCCAGGAGAUCCAGCAGGGAGCGACCGUUACCAUGGCGCUCAACAGUGAGGCAGCAGCCCACGCAGUCGCGACGCUGGCAGAGGCCACUCUUCAGGGCGGAGGGCAGAUCGUUCUGGCGGGCGAGACCGCGGCCGCUGUGGGAGCGCUCGCCGGGGUGCAGGACGCCAGCGGCCUGGUUCAGAUCCCUGUCAGCAUGUACCAGACGGUGGUCACCAGCCUCGCCCAGGGCAACCGGCCCGUGCAGGUCGCCAUGGCUCCCGUCACCACGCGCAUCGACAACACCGUCACUCUGGACGGGCAGGCCGUGGAGGUGGUGACCUUGGAACAGUGACAUGUGGGGGCCACUUCCUCCCCUCCCAGUCUCCGCUGACAGGAAGUGCGCCCCCUCAUGGAGAGAGAGUGACGGUGAACGUGAGGAAGCUCUGUGCAUCGUUCACACAGCUUGGAUACUCGACCAUCACUGCAGGGGCGAAGAUGUUAAUUUAUCUACACAUUUUGUUUACUGUGUAAAAAGGAUGUUUGUUGUUUUUUGCUUUUUUUGUUGCAUUUUUUUUAGCUCUGGGAAUUUGGGUAGCAAUGAAGGCUGGGAGACAUGAAGUAUUUAUUUCUUUGCAUUAACACAUUUUACCUAUUUUAAACUGAACUGGCGGGGACACACAGGAGUAGGUGUCCAUUCUGUACAGGCAGUUAAAAUGUUUUUAUUUCGGAGCGUAUUCGGGACUCUUCUCAUGGGAUUUAAUUUUAGAAUACAAUUUCCUUCGCUAGAGAUACAUAUAAGCUUACUGACAGUGCCAUAUCUGCAGCAAAACCUGUCCUUUCUGCUCUUAGGCUCCGUAUGAGAUUCCUCAGGUACAAAGUGUUGACUAACUGAUCAGGGGAAAACGUCACAUUUCUGACCAAACACAAGUGCUCCCCUUUGCAAUGUUGUCAUGAAAUUCAAAUCUGUAAAUUUGUUACCUAGAACAUUAAAACAGUGAAACAGUCUAACCUUGUGUUCUAGUAUGGAGGUACACCUCCAGAUAUAUUUUUUAAUGAGGAUGUCACUUGGUGUUAUUAGUUUCUUCAGCAAAACGAAAAGUUUUAUUUUAUUCAUUGCCAAAUGUACUCCUCUAAAAAGCAGCGGGGUUUGUGUGUUGCGUCAUCUGUUGGAUUAUGUAGUUCUUUUGCAAUCAUUUAUGCAGAGUUCAUGUCACAGGCUUAUGUCGCCGAUCCAGUCCGCAGCGCUCCUCCUUCGAAACUACCAGCACACUUAAGGACCAUUCAGUCAAGACAACCAUGAAAAAACUUUUCUCUCUCACUUCAGUAAGCGCUGGCUCCGGUUCACUCUUUUAUGUUGUGUAAGCUUAUCACUUGUUGACCUCUUUGUGUGAAAUGUGUUUGCAUCAGGCAGACCUUACCUCUAAGCAUAUUUUUUUGUGAUGAUGUGCAGACAGUGUUAUCUGCAUAGGGCUCUCCUGCCCGCAGGGUUAACAUGACUACUUGGGAUUACGUCACCUGGCGACCGAAGAGACACAACGUAUGUAGCACAACGUUUCACAGUGGAAAAGCUCUUCAAUAAAUUUGC